CCUCUAUUCGCAGCUCUUCCACGCCUCUCGGGCUCAUCGGUCUCUUCUGCGACUCCAACGCCCGGCACGUCCUCUGAGCGGCUUUACGAAGGCUCAACAUACCCAAUUGACGACAUCUGUAGCUUCCAAAUCCGCUACGGUUACGGUCACGCUCACUCCUGCGCGACCAAGCCAUCAUGUUCCGACACAGCGCGCGGAGGCUGGCCGUGGCCGCGGCCAAGGCAGCAGAGCCGAGCGCGUACACGCUGGCCGUGUCCAAGGCGCAGGGCAUCGCCAAGGGGCUGACAGGAGCCAUCGGCAACACGCCCCUCAUCCGCCUCAACCGGCUCUCCGAUGAGACGGGCUGCGAGGUGCUGGGCAAGGCCGAGUUCAUGAACCCCGGCGGGUCCGUCAAGGACCGGGCGGCGCUGUACGUGGUCAAGGACGCCGAGGAGCGCGGGCUCCUGCGGCCGGGGGGCACCGUGGUGGAGGGCACGGCGGGCAACACGGGCAUCGGGCUGGCGCACGUGUGCCGGUCGCGCGGAUACAAGCUCGUCAUCUACAUGCCCGACACGCAGUCGCAGGGCAAGAUCGACCUGCUGCGCCUGUUGGGCGCCGAGGUGUACCCCGUGCCCGCCGUCGCCUUUGACAACCCGCAAAACUACAACCACCAGGCGCGCCGGCACGCCGAGCGCCUCGACAACGCCGUCUGGACGAACCAGUUCGACAACACGGCCAACCGCCGCGCGCACAUCGAGACGACGGGGCCCGAGAUCUGGGCGCAGACCGGGGGCCGCGUCGACGCCUUCACCUGCGCCACCGGCACGGCGGGCACCCUUGCCGGCGUCACGCGCUACCUCAAGGACGCGUCAGGCGGCCGCGUCAAGAGCUUCCUCGCCGACCCGCCCGGCAGCGUGCUGCACUCGUACAUCAGCUCCGGCGGCAAGCUGAUUGAGCGCACGGGGUCGAGCAUCACCGAGGGUAUCGGCCAGGGCCGCAUCACGGACAACCUGCAGCCCGACAUUGGCCUUGUCGACGGCUCGCUGCACAUCUCGGACGAGAAGAGCAUCGAGAUGGUCUACCGCUGCCUCGACGAGGAGGGGCUCUACCUUGGCGCCAGCUCGUCUCUCAAUGUCGUCGCCGCCAAGGAGGUGGCUGAGAAGCUCGGCAAGGGACACACCGUUGUGACAAUGCUCUGCGACGGUGCCUACCGCUACGCCGACCGCCUCUUCUCCCGCAAGUGGCUGUCCGAGAAGAAGCUACUCGGUGCGAUCCCCAAACACCUGGAAAAAUAUAUAGUGCUGCCAUAGACGGCUGGGUUGUGUCAGUCUGGUCGUCGCUUUGAUGCCUUUGUAUGUUGUACAAAAAUGGGUUAGAAUUUACACAGUCCCUCGCGUCCCUCAGGCGCUUGACCAG